UCCCCCUUCCCCUCCUCUCUCUUUCUCUCUCCUCCCGUGCGUGCGGCACUCCAUAUUUCAGUAUGGACCGGUUUGAAGAUGUAUCAGAUGGUGAAGUGGAUCAUGCUUUCUUUGACAGUGAUUUUGAGGAAGAGAAAAAGAAAGCUGAAGAAAAUGGUGAAUGUACAGUGAAAGGAAGUACAAAGGCAGCUCUUGCAGACCCUGAUUUGGUUUCUAAUUCAAAGGAUGCAAAGCUUUGUGAGGAGGAAAGUGAAGAAAAGCAGAAAGAUUUGCAGAAGGAUCAGUCCCUAGAAAAUAGCACAGAUCACCUUGGAGAUGCUUCAUCUUUGUCACUUUCUCCAGUUGUGGAGAAUGCAGGUACAUCUGGAGUGACAUCUGCAGCAAGUAGGGAAACACAAGAGAAUGCUCCUGCUGGAAUCCCCAAAAUAGUUAAAGAAGGUGAAGAAGAUUAUUAUACAGAUGAAGAAGAUAGUAGUGAUGAUGGAAAAAAACAGAAGGUUAGACCAAAGUCAGCUAAGCAGUCAAACAACAUAAAAAAGGCUAGCAAAAAAUAUACUAAUAUCAGCUCUUCCUCCUCUUCUUCUUCCUCUUCCUCCUCAUCGUCAAGCUCAGAUACAGAUUGUUCUGAUACAGAUUCUGAUAGCUGUUUAUCAGAUUCAUCUCAUUCUUCCUCAAGGAGGAAUGCUUGUAGGAAUGCUCUUCUGUCUCCAAAACAAAAAUUUAAGUCAGCAAUGAAAUUAGCAGAAGGAAAACCAAAGCUUGGUGACUACUUGGAGGAGUCUGAAGACACAGUGACUGACGUAACACCUCUGUCAACUCCAGACAUCAGUCCUAUCCAGUCUUUCGAACUUGCAGCAUCAAAUGAUAAGAAACUAAAAAUAAAAAGACAGGAAAAUGUGAACCAAGAAUUAUAUGGUAAUUUUGAAGAAUUUAGGCACAACACAAAAUUUGUAAAACCCAUGGGGCUGGGAAAUCCAAUCUUAUAUCUGUAUUUUUUUUCAUUAGAUUCCGAGUCUGAUCGCAGAUAUAAUCGAAAAGUCCUGCAUGAUGCCAUGGACCUGAAUCAGCUUUUGAAAGCUUUCCUACAGUUGGAGAAAAAAGAACAAAAAUUAACCAUUGAUCAGCCAUCUAGAGGAACAAGGAAAAAUUAUUCUUUCACAAAUGAAGAAGUAAGACAGAUUGAUCGGGAAAACCAAAGGUUGCUAAAAGAACUGUCCAGGCAGUCUGCAAAGCCAAGAAGUACCACACUGAAGAAGUCAUCUGUACCGCCUCCUAAAUUGUACCACAGUGCCCUCAACAGGCAAAAGGAGCAGCAAAGAAUUGAAAGAGAGAACCUGGCUUUUCUGAAAAGACUGGAAGCAGUGAAACCAACAGCUGGUAUGAGGCGUUCUGAACAAUUGAUGGACUAUCAGCGCCAGAUGAGUUAUUUAAAUUCUUCACCAUCUGUAAGAAGAGGGAAAUCAGCUUUCAGCCAGCUUAGUCCUUCUAGAGGCACUUCAAGAGCAUCUGCUGUACCAAGUACAGUGAGCCAGAGGAAUGAAAAACCCGUGUCUGAUUCAGCCAGCGGAGCAUUACAGAGACCUAAACCCACUAAUGUUCGUGCUGCUUGGUUAUAAGUGCGUUCUUUGCCUCACAUUCUGAGAUGAUCCUCAGACUUCUAUUUUUAGUGCUUUUGUAAAUUCUAUGGGCAAAAAUAUUUUCUGUAUUGGUCAGUGAUUAAAAUGCGUUGCAUAUGAUAUAAUUGCUUAUAAAAUGGUUUUAAGUGAACACUUUCACUUCAGUCAGUGUUUUCCAUGACACGAAGAACUUAUGAAAAAGAAAGAGGUAUUUAAAUGGACAUAUUAAAUAGAAAUUGCUAAUUAUUAUUUUAUUCUCAAAUCAUAAGUGGAAUUUGUAUCCAUAACAUGAAAGGACAGAAUUGCUGCACUAUAGGUGCAAGAUGUAAAGAAAAUCUUUAAUAAUAUUGCAUUAAACUCAUAAGCAUAUGCUUAAUUCCUAGAUCAUCCUUGCUUUUCAUCCUGGCUUUAGGUAAGCCUUCUGAACCUUCUGGGUCACAUUCUUAUGAAUGAAAGAAUCUUCUUUUUACAGCAGCAUGAAGGGGUGAAAAGCAGAUUGUGUAUUCCUGCAUGGUUAGCAGGAAUACUGAGGCUGCAGAAGAUGUUGUUCUGCCACUCUGGCACUCCAGGUGUUUAAACGUUUGUUUUGUACUCAAGGCUGUGUCUCUUCCAGAUUUAAAAGAAUUUUGGAAGUUGUAUUGGAACCUUUGUGUAGGAAAGAAGCAUCUGAUGCUAUUUGAACAAGAGUAAAGACUGAAGUGAACAACAGUUUCAGAUUCACUCUAAACAAGAGUAAGUUUUAGUUACUUCUCAAGCUAGAGAAUACUAAGCAAGGGAAAUAUUUCAUGGCCCUGCUUUUGCAGAUCCUUGCCCUUCUUCAUGGGGAGAUACAAACUUGAGCUGCAGGAAACUUGAACAUCUGAUUUUGAGAGCGACUACUAACCAGGAUUGGGGAAAAAAAAACAAACAUAGAAAACAGAAAAUCUUGUUAUGCUGCUUAACCUGUUUUUUAAUGUCAUGUUCAUACCAAAUAUUUGUAGUAGUGUCAGCUAAGUUUCAGUAGCAACAUCCAUUUACGAGGGGAGCAAAAUUUACUGGAAUUGGUAAUUGCAAAUAGUAGGUGGUAUGCUUUAUUUCUAUACAUAAAGGCAAACUUUCAGUGAACUUAUUUUGUAGGACUGUAGUCCUACAAAGAGCAUAAAUUGUGAUGCCACUAUCCAUGGAUAUAGCAGGAACCUUGCUUGCUUCUCCAGCUUCUUCGCAGGAGAGAUACAGGAAAUCUCUUUGUAUUAUGCAUAAAGCAAAAAAAAAAAAAGCUGUAUUCAGUAAUGCUGGGUCUUAGCCCUAUGAAAAGGAAAGUUUAUUGUUCUUUGCUCGUGCUUGCAUGAAGGCUUAGACUUUCAGGUAUUCUGCGUUGUAACAAACUUUUUACUUGAUCCUGUGUGAUAGUUUGGCAGAGCUUCUGCACCUGGUGACCUGCCGAUCAAAUUUAGCUGUUUGACAAUAUUUGAACUUUUAACUUUAAGCAGCAUUGUGGCAAACAGAUUUUUAUUGCAAUUAUUAUUCAUUGAUAGGGACUGUAAGGAUUUUUUUGCAUAGUGCUGCUGUAUUUAUUUGUACUAUUGUGCUAAUUAAAGUUAUUCACUAUUUAAAGAUUUUUGUCCUUGAAUGUGAAUAUCAGGGUCACAGUUUAAAUACUUUUGAAUGUUCAUAUGAUAAUU